ACAAAAAUCUUACACAAACUGGGGUCUUCUUAUCGAAAAGAUUUCAAUAGACCACUACCACAAAUUAAAGAUGGUGUCGCAUACCAUGUCUUUCAUUGUCAUUCUACUCGCUGUUUCCGGUGCCCAGGCUGGAGUGUAUGGACGCGGGAGAAGCAACAAUAUGCCUGGCGGUAUGCCUGGUAGUGGUAUGCCAGGCAAUGGAAUGCCCAACAUGGGUAUGUCUGGAAAUGGAAUGCCUAACAUGGGUAUGUCUGGAAAUGGAAUGCCAAAUAUGGGUAUGCCUGCUAAUGGAAUGCCUAAUAUGGGUAUGUCUGGUAGCGGAAUGACUAAUAUCGGUAUGUCUGGUAUUGGUAUGUCUAAUAUGGGUAUGUCCAGUAAUGGAAUGCCUAAUAUGGGUAUGCCCGGUAAUAUGAUGAACAGACCAGGUAAUAUGCCUGCACCAGAACCAUCUUCACCAGCAAUGCCAGGAAUUAUGCAAGGUAUAAUUAAUGCAAUGUCAUCUGGUAUGAACCAUGGUUCCAUGAUGCCAGCCCCUGAACCAGGAAUGAUGUCCGGAUCAAUGAUGCCAGGUUCCUCAACAAAUGGAAUGAUGCCCGGAAAUAUGAUGAACUCUCAGUCUCCAAAUGGUAUGAAUCAGGGACCCAUGAUGCCAUAUCCUGAACCAGCCCCAGAAAUGAUGCCCAGAUCAAUGAUGCCAGGUUCCUCAACAAAUGGAAUGAUGACCGGAAACAUGAUGAACUCACAGUCUCCAAAUGGUAUGAAUCAGGGACCCAUGAUGCCAGCCCCUGAACCAGGAAUGAUGCCCGGAUCAAUGAUGCCAGGUUCCUCACCAAAUGGAAUGGUGCCCGGAAACAUGAUGAACUCACAGUCUCCAAAUGGUAUGAACCAGGGACCCAUGAUGCCAGCCCCUGAACCAGGAACGAUGCCCGGAUCAAUGAUGCCAGGUUCCUCACCAAAUGGAAUGAUGCCUGGAAACAUGAUGAACUCACAGUCUUCAAAUGGAAUGAAUCAGGUACCCAUGAUGCCAGCCCCUGAACCAGGAAUGAUGCCCGGAUUAAUGAUGCCAGGUUCCUCACCAAAUGGAAUGAUGCCCGGAAACAUGAUGAACUCACAGUCUCCAAAUGGUAUGAACCAGGGACCCAUGAUGCCAGCCCCUGAACCAGGAAUGAUGCCCGGAUCAAUGAUGCCAGGUUCCUCACCAAAUGGAAUGAUGCCCGGAAACAUGAUGAACUCGCAGUCUCCAAAUGGUAUGAAUCAGGGACCCAUGAUGCCAGCCCCUGAACCAGGAAUGAUGCCCGGAUCAAUGAUGCCAGGUUCCUCACCAAAUGGAAUGAUGCCCGGAAACAUGAUGCCAGCCCCUGAGCCAGCUCAAGGAAUGAUGCCAAACGCAAUGAACUCGGCAACGUCAAGUAUGAUGCCCGGAUCAAUGAUGCAAGGCCCUUCAAAUGGAAUGAUGCCCGGUGCAAUGAUGAAUAACCCACCCGGUAUGAACCAGGGUCAAAUGAUGCCAGCUCCUGAACCAGCUUCUGGUAUGAUGCCAGGUUCCUCGUCAAAUGGAAUGAUGCCAGGCUCAAUGAUGAACGGUCAAUCCUCUGGAAUGAAUCAGGGUCCUAUGAUGCCAGCCCCUGAACCUGCCUCUGGUAUGAUGUCAGGAGCAAUGAUGCCAGGGGGUAUGAUGGCAGGUGGUAUGCAAGGACAAAUGAUGGCUGGGGAAGAAAUGAUGCCAAUGGGAAACGGUGGUCAAAUGGGACAAGGCAUGGGUGCAAGUGGUAUGGGUGCAGGAGGCGAGGCAGCAAUGCCAGCACCACCCCAACCAGCAGAGCCAGCGCAGCCCGCUGAAGUUGAAGGAGGAGAGUUUGAAGGUGGCGCUGCUGGUGGAGGCGCUAAUGCUGGCUCUAAAAUGAUGAUUAUGGUAGGCGGAGCCAAUGGAGGUGGUACACUGGUGUCAUCUGGCGGUGCUGGUGCCGGUGAUAUGAUGGUCAUGACACCUGGUAUGGGAAGUGGAAUGGGAGGAAACAUGGGAAUGAAUGGAAUGGGAGGAAUCCCAAUGUCACCUAUAAAUAUGGGUAUGAUGAUGGCUGCUGCCUCAAUGAUGAAUGGAAUGAACUCGGGAAUGAAAGGAUCAAUGAUGGCAGGACCAAACAUGAUGAUGCCACCCAUGAUGAUGGGAGGUCCUCAAAUUAUGAUUCCUUCUCCAAAAAUGGUCCCAAUGCAAAUGAUGCCUGCAAUGAUUAAUAUGCCUAACGCAAUGGGAAACAUGAUGACACCUGGAAUGAACGGUAUGAUGGGAAAUGCAAUGAUACCUGCUAUGGGAAAUUCUAUGGGACCAGGAAUGAUGGGAAAUAAAAUGGGACCAGGAAUGAUGGGAAAUAUGAUGGGACCAGGAUAUCCAUCAGGAAUGGUCAAUAAUGGAAAAGGUUCCAUGAUGAGACUAUGGUAGAAAGAGCUGCUCUUGCUUAUCCAAGAAGACAAUGAAAACUGUAUUUUGUUAUUUUCGAUUUAAAAUAUUAUGUAUACAAUGCCAAA